UUUCUGAAGACAUUUGACAAACUCUAAAGACAUUCAACACAAGAUGCCAGAACAGACUGAGCUCAUUCACACCUUCAAUGGCAUUCCAUUUUCUACAAGAGUAUCAAAAGAGCUCCUUCAGUCCCUGGACACCUUUGAAGCCAGAGAAGACGACGUGUUAUUAGUUUCAUAUCCAAAAUCAGGCACGCACUGGCUUGCAGAGAUUAUGAAGAAUCUGUACCACAGCCACAAUGAAGACAAUGGGGUUAGCAAAGUGACACUGACAUCACCUCUGGAGUUCGGAGAUCUCUCCAAAUUCGAUGAGCUGAGAAACCUCCCCAACAAGAGGCUCAUCCCAACACACCUCAACUAUGAGAUGAUCCCAGUGCAGUUCAAAACAAAAAAAUGCAAGAUGAUUUAUGUGAUCAGAAAUCCUAAGGACACCGCUGUUUCAUUGUACCAUUAUUACAAGCAGAACCCCAAUCUGCCCAAGAUUGAGAAAUGGUCCACCUUUUUAGAAAUGUUCUUGAAAGGAGAAGUUGUAUGCGGUUCCUGGAUUGACCAUGUCCUUAGCUGGGAAAAGAGCAAAACUGAUGAAAAUGUCCUUGUUCUGUACUACGAGUCCUUAAAGCAGGAUCUUCCAAAACAUGUCAAGGAGAUCAGCACGUUUUUGGGCAUCAAUGUCACUGAAGAUCAAGUCAAAGACAUUUCAAAGAAAUCUUCCUUCAGUGAAAUGAAGGACAAGGCAGAGAAGGAGAAAGUGAAUCCAAACCACACGGUCUGCGUACUGACUUCCAACAAGAAGCUGAUAUUUAGGAAAGGUAAGAGUUUCAUC